AUGGCUGCGCCAACGGAACGUCAGUAUUGCAGAAGACUGACCCUCUUAUGCGCGCUCCUGGGGACGCUGUGGGAGGCCAGGGCCAGUCAAAUCCGCUACUCGGUGCCGGAAGAGAGAGAAAAGGGCUACAUCGUGGGGAACAUCUCCAAGGACCUGGGACUGGAGCCCCGGGAGCUGGCGCAGCGCGGAGUCCGCAUCGUCUCCAGAGGUAGGACGCAGCUUUUCUCUCUCAACCCGCGGAGCGGCAGCUUGGUCACCGCGGGCAGGAUCGACAGGGAGGAGCUCUGCGCCCAGAGCCCCCGGUGUCUCGUAACCUUUAAAGUCCUGGUUGAGGACAGAGUGAAACUUUACGGAAUAGAGGUAGAAGUAACUGAUAUCAACGACAAUGCUCCAAAAUUUGAGGCCGAAAACCUGGAAGUGAAAAUUAGUGAAAUCGCCGCUCCUGGCGCGCGCUAUCCACUCCCAGAAGCUGCUGACGCGGAUGUGGGCGUGAACUCCCUGCAGAGCUACCAGCUCAGCCCCAACCACCACUUCUCUCUGGAUGUGCAAACCGGAGACGACGGAACCUUAAACCCAGAGCUGGUGCUGGAGCGAGCCCUGGACAGAGAGGAAGAGGCCAUUCACCACCUGGUCCUCACCGCCUCCGAUGGCGGCGACCCUCGCCGCUCCAGCACAGUGCGCAUCCAGGUGACAGUGUUGGAUACAAACGACAAUGCCCCGGUUUUUGCUCAGCCCAUGUACCGAGUCAAAGUCCUUGAGAAUGUGCCCCCGGGCACCCUGCUGCUUACAGUUAGAGCUAGUGACCCGGAUGAGGGAGCCAAUGGAAAAGUGGUGUAUAAAUUCCGCAAAGUUAAUGAAAAACAAUCUCCCUUAUUCCAUCUUGAUGAAGAUACUGGGGAAAUCUUUGUAGCAAAACCUCUAGAUUAUGAAGAAUGUUCUUCAUAUGAAAUGGAAAUGCAGGCCGAAGAUGGUGGAGGAUUGAAGGGGAGAACCAAAGUGCUAAUUAUGGUGGAAGAUGUCAAUGACAACAGACCGGAAGUGACCAUUACCUCUCUAUUUAGCCCAGUAAGAGAAGAUGCUCCUCCAGGAACAGUACUCAUUCUUUUCAAUGCGCAUGACCAAGACUCAGGGAAGAAUGGUCAAGUUGUCUGUUCUAUUCAGGAAAAUCCAUCUUUUAAAUUAGAAAAUUCAGGAGACGAUUAUUAUAGAUUGUUGACAACCCAAAACCUUGAUCGAGAAAUGGCAUCUGAAUAUAACAUUACAGUGACUGCAACAGACAGAGGAACCCCAUCCCUAUCCACAGAAGUUCAUGUUACCCUGUAUGUGACUGACAUCAACGAUAAUCCUCCUACCUUCUCUCAAGCCUCCUACUCAGUCUACCUCCCAGAAAACAACCCCAGAGGCACCUCCAUCUUCUCUGUGACUGCCCAUGACCUGGAUGACAAUGAGAAUGCUAAGAUUACUUACUCCUUGGUGGAGGACACCAUCCAGGGGGCACCACUAUCCUCAUAUAUCUCCAUCAACUCUGACACUGGUGCACUCUAUGCAUUGCAGUCUUUUGACUAUGAGCAGUUUCAACAUCUGCAAAUGCAGGUGAAGGCACAUGAUAAUGGGAACCCACCACUCAACAGCAAUGUGUCCCUGAAUCUCUUCCUGCUGGAUCAGAAUGACAACACUCCCAAGAUCCUGUACCCGGCCCUCCCUACAGAUGGCUCUACUGGAGUGGAGCUAGCACCCCGAUCUGCAGAGCCUGGUUAUCUGGUGACCAAGGUGGUGGCAGUAGACAGGGACUCAGGACAGAAUGCCUGGCUGUCCUACCGCCUGCUCAAGGCCAGUGAGCCAGGACUCUUCAUGGUGGGGCUACACACAGGUGAGGUGCGCACAGCAAGGGCCUUUCUGGACAGAGAUGUGCUCAAGCAGAGCCUGGUGGUGUCUGUGCAGGACCAUGGUCAGCCCCCUCUCUCAGCCACUGUCACGCUCACCAUCGCAGUGGCUGACAGCAUCCCUGAUGUCUUGGCAGACUUGGGCAGUAUCAAGACUCCUGAUGACCUGGAGGACUCUGAUCUUACACUCUACCUGGUAGUGGCAGUAGCUGUGGUCUCCUGUGUCUUCUUGGCCUUUGUUCUUGUGCUGCUGAUGCUCAGGAUACGUCGCUGGCACGCCUCAAGUAUGCUGCAGACUACAAAUGGCAGGUUGACUGGUGUGCCUGCCUCACACUUUGUGGGUGUGGAUGGGGUGCAAGCUUUCCUGCAGACAUAUUCCCAGGAGUUUUCUCUCACAGCUGACUCUGGAAAGAGCCACCUAAUCUUCCCUCAGCCCAACUAUGCAGACAUGCUCAUCAGCCAGGAAAGUUGUGAGAAAAGUGAGCCUCUGGGUGAUUCAGUUGACUCCAGGUUUCCUAUUGAAGACACUCCUUUGGUUCCUGUGAGUUCUAUUUUUUCUUUCUGUUUAUGA